AUGCUACGCACUCUAGCACGUCUAGCCGCCGAGGCGCCGAGGCCCGCUUUCAACAUCCACGCGAAUCCAUACAAAGCGCAGAAGAUAUGGCCGCCAGACUUCGCCAAGCUCUCGCAGAAGCACCAGUUCAGACUUGAGCGCAGAUACAGGAGAAGGGCGAAGCUGAAGUGGGCGCGGCCCCGAUGGACAAAGAUGGUUAAGCUAGCGCAGUUAGGAAGCGUCAUCUCCCUGGCAGUCGUGCUAGGUUAUGGAAUCCUCUUCAUGGACUGGGGGAGGGAGGAGACACCGUUCAAAGGGGUAUGA